UAUUGUGUUACUCUCCUCCAAAUAAGAAUACAAUUCGUCCUUAAAUUACUUUUAAAACUGCUGCAAAGUUAUGAAYUUCGCCGCUGCUGGACUCCUAAGUCUCACUGGUGUGUUGGUAUGCCUGCUUCCAGGCUCAGCYAGAGAACUCAAGGCAACUGUCAGCAUGUCUAAGAUCAAAGGAACUGUUACCUUUACACAGACAUCUGACCCCUUAGCCGAAACAACAAUGAAACUAGACCUGGACGGUUUGACGGAACUACUUAACUUACGUGUCCAUGAAAUACCGAUGAUCUAUCAAGGAGGUGCAAGCUCAAGUUGUAAUUUAAAUGCUGUUGGACAAAUAUUUGAUCCUACUAGUUGGAACACAACGUCUGCCUGUACAAAUAUGAACCAACAAAACUGCGCUGUUGGAGACUUGACCGGAAAAUCUGUAGCAUUUGAAGCAGCAAACUCAAAAUCGUCCUUCAAAUACCAAAAUCUUCCUCUAAGUGGUAAAAACAGCAUCUAUGGUCGAACACUGCUCUUUACAACCACAUCCCAUGUUCCUAAAGCGUGUGCGAUUAUCACUAGCACCGAGCAAGCUUUUUAUGCUGUAGCUUAUUUCAAAGGUCCUGUCGCUGGAACGGUGCAUUUCAAAGAGGAAGGUUCAAUGAUCAAUACCUUGGUCACUGUCAAUUUAUUUUAUGUUAGUGACGCCACGAUCUCGCAGAAAUAUUUCUUGAAACUCCACGUUAAUCGUGUAGGCRAGAGAAUGACUUCUGACCAAUGUGCAAACGCGGGAGCAGUUUUAAACCCGGACUUACAGACUGAAUUAGGUGUAUUCAACGUUAAAGAAGCUACAUCUGGACGCUCAAGUACCCAAAUAGCCGUGAAUGUCGCCAAUCUAGCUGUUAAUGGUGCUAAUACAGUAAUCGGUCACUCCCUACUGUUGUAUUCUGUCGACAACCCAAGCAAACCAAUAGCCUGUACAAAUAUUUUAAAGUUAUUGCCAAAGAAAGCCAAAGCUGUUUUUACGCGUGAAGAUACAGAUGGUGUAACUGGCACGUUUGAGUUCUCGCAGACUUCUCCUUUCGAUCCCACGAAUGUUAAGAUUAAUAUCAACAAGCUAGGUAACAAAGCAGAAGGCUACCACGUCCAUGAAUAUCCGAACCCCAGUUACAAGGGCAUUACUGAUAAUGCACAAGCGUGUAGUAGUGCAAAUGCUGGAGAUCAUCUCAAUCCUUAUGGGGUCGUUGCAAGUUCUAGCCCYGCUUCAGGUACGUUUGAUGAGUACGAAAUCGGUGAUCUAUCUGCAAAAUACGGCACAUUCUUGAACAAAAAUGAUCAUGAUGGCAGCUACACUGAUUAUAAUCUGCCCUUGUUCGGUAAUAACAGCAUAGUGGGUCGCUCAAUUGUCAUUCACAAGCUUAAGAAAGACGGUAAUAAGAGGUGGGUAUGCAGGAAUAUCGAUCUGGACUUGGAUGAUGUUGUAAAGAUGGAAACACGGAGCCACUUUACUGGGCCUGACAUUCUAGGAGAUAUAGUUAUGACGCACUACAGGAGUAUCGAUAACAAUGCUGCCCCGUUCGAUACCACUUUCUACCUCGACUUAAAACAUGUCAAUGGAAAACAGUCUUAUGACCAUAAUUGGCACGUGCAUGAUAAUGCAGUGGGUGAUGACAUGAACAAAGCCAUGAAUGACGGCAGAUGUGAAAGCCUUGGACCUCAUUACAAUCCAUUUAGUGUUUUCGUAGAGGGGAACUACAAGACAACCUGUACGUCGAACAAUCCUCUUCGUUGUGAACUCGGAGACACGUCGGCUAAGACUGCGACUUACAAUCUUGGUUCUGGCCCGCGUUUCUAUACAGAUGUGGACACGCCUUUGUUUGGUGAACAUUCAGUUGCUGGUCGUGGUUUCGUGGUUCAYUCAGCAYMCAAAGGUGCGCCACGUCAGGGAUGUGCUGAUAUCAAUCCAAAUACUACCCUAUUCAAGGAGAAGACUUUGAACAUUCUCAAACCCGCAGACCCUUUUUCACGAGCCGACUUCAUCACCAAAAUGGCGUCAGUCCUUAAGGCGGAUAAGUGGAGAAUAUUCUACGUCAAGUAUACCGCUGACCUCAAAGURUCUAGCUCAUCAAAGUGUUCGCGAAUUUCGUUUGGCAUCUUUGGUGAUGAUCAAGCAAACACUGCAUUURAUACGACUGUUAGGAACAAUCCAGAGAAACUAAAACCCUACAUGCCUGAUAGUCGAUGCAAUCAUUCUCAAGGACUACAUGUUCAUUUAUUGCUUUUGACCACCGCUGUCUUAGUUUGUAUUGCUGCAGUUUUUUAAAUAGGUAAAUCUAUAUUAAUCUAUAAAUUGAAGCAGUUUCUUAAAUAGGUAAAUCUAGAAAAUUAAUGUAACUCACAACAUAUAUAUACUUCACCAACCUACCCGCACUAACUCACAUGGUAACACACACACACACUGCACCAUCUUGAGUAAAAUCACGCGUAAGGUCACGUGUCGAUCACGCGACAGACCACGUGAUCAGUCACGUGAUCAGUCAUCACACGUAUUAACAUCUCGUGGUGGGUUGCAUUUCAAGAUGUAUUGUAAUAGUUAUCUUAAUAAUUCAUCUAGGAUUUGAUGGUUUGUGUAGUUAGUAGUUAGAGCGCUCACUAUGUUAUUCCCUUGAUUUAGUUGGUCCCCUUUGUGGGAUUCAGCAUAUUUAUCCUUCGUCCAUUUUCCACUUCCCUUUCAUUCCUUUCUUUCCCCCCAAUC